AUGGCGCGCAACUCCGAAAAGGCGCAAUCGAUGCUCUUUCGAUUCCGAGCCCAACAAGCCGCCGACCUAGGAAUCCUCGACACCUCCCGCACCCGGCGACCCAAGGCCAUCUCGCAGCAGGAGCACGUCCCCACCUGCGAGCGCUGGCGCGGACAAGUCUUGCAAGAAAUCUCGCGCAAAACCACCAAGAUCCAAGACCUGGCGCUCAGUGAUUUCCAAUUGCGCGACCUCAAUGACGAGCUCAACCGUCUCUUCCGCGAGAAAUGGCAAUGGGAGAAACGAAUCCGGGAGCUGGGCGGGCCGAAUUACAUGCGCGGCGGCGGCAAGGUGGUGGAUGCGGAAGGCCGGGUGGUGGAAGGCGGUGGGAAGGGUUAUAGGUAUUUCGGGCGGGCGCGGGAACUGCCCGGUGUGAAAGAGCUGUUCGAGGCAGCGGUACGGAAACCCGGCGAUGACGAUGAGAAGAAGAAGGGAGAACAUAAUCGGGCGGAUCUCCGAGCCAAGGUCGACGCGGCGUAUUAUGGGUACAAUCUUGACGAGGACGACGGGACGCUGCUAGCAUACGAGGAUACGAAGGAGAGAGAGGCUUUUGAGAGACUCUUGUUGGUCGGCGGUGAAGAUGGAGAGGCGCGAGAUGCGACAUGGGAACCCUUGCCGGGAGACUGUGGUGACGGUGUUGCGUGGGUGUUGCCCACGGCGGAGGAGGUGGAGGCGGAACUAUUGGAGCGACGGAAACGGAAAUUGCUGGACCAACUAUGA